AUGGAUCCAAACAAUUUACCCGACUGGAACACAUUUUACAACGAAUGUGUGGAGGAUUUUAUGAAUGACACGUUCGUUGAAGAUAUGAUGCAGCAGGAGAUGGAGUUCUAUCAACAACAACAACAACAUGCCAACACCGUUAGACCCAAGAAAACAAGAAGAGUAAUAAAGAGAGAUCGUGAAGCUGGGAACGAGCGGUUGAUGAAGGACUACUUCUCUGAAAAUCCUGUAUACACGGAAGAGCUUUUCCGACGAAGGUUUCGAAUGCGAAAGCAUGUGUUCCUCAGAAUUGUAGAGGCCCUUGGGUCUUAUAACCCGUACUUUUUAAUGUCCGUUGAUGCAGUUGGAAGACAAGGUCUAUCACCAUUACAAAAGUGCACCGCCGCUAUUCGUAUGUUAGCGUAUGGAUCACCUGCUGACAGUGUUGAUGAAUACGUUAGAAUUGGUGAAAGUACUGCAAUUGAGUGCUUAAAGAAUUUUGUAGAAGGUGUGUGUGAAGUAUUUGGUGGGCAAUACUUGAGGCGUCCAAACGAGGAAGACAUGACACGCCUACUUCAAUGGGGGGAGUCUCGUGGAUUUCCAGGUAUGUUAGGUUCCAUUGAUUGUAUGCAUUGGGAAUGGAAGAAUUGUCCAGUUGCGUGGAAAGGUCAAUACACCCGAGGUGAUCAUGGAAGACCCACAAUCAUGCUUGAAGCAGUGGCAUCACAAGACUUGUGGAUUUGGCAUGCAUUUUUUGGCAUUGCAGGCUCAAAUAAUGACAUUACUGUGCUAAACCAAUCUCCGGUGUUUAAUGAGGUUUUGCGUGGAGCUGCUCCCAUGGUGAAAUUUAGAGUGAAUGAAACAAUGUAUCACAUGGGAUACUAUCUAGCAGACAGUAUCUAUCCCGAGUGGGGUACAUUUGUGAAGACCAUCCCAAUGCCACAAGGAGAAAAAAAACAAAAGUUUGCCAAAAGACAAGAAGCAGCAAGAAAGGACGUGGAACGUGCAUUCGGAGUGCUCCAAUCUCGGUUUGCGAUUGUCCGUGGUCCAUCACGCUGGUGGCAUCCGAAUGACAUGAAGUCAAUCAUCUAUGCUUGCAUCAUAUUGCAUAACAUGAUUGUUGAAGAUGAGCGCAACACGUACAAAGGUAAUUUUGUUUAUGAGCAGGUCAAUAAUGACAUAUCGGAUGCUGAAGUAUUAAGCGGUCCUAUUCCCGCUUUUAGAAAUAUGUUGGAAAGGAGAGCACAUCAAAUUGAAAAGUCAAUCCAUCGCCAACUUCAAGCAGACUUGGUGGAGCAUAUCUGGGACCUUCCUGAAAUCGAUAAUAAUGAAACUUAAUCUUCACGCCUUGAUGUGUAUUUCGUUUCAAAUGUAUUGUUGUUUAUUUUUCAUUCUCAUGUAUUUCCUUUCGUAUUUAUUUUGUUAAUGUAAUGUAUUAAGGUCUCUCUUAGGGAUUGUUGUACUCUUUUUCCUUCACUAGGCUUGUAUCCCAAUUGGGCUUUUCCUAGUAAGGUUUUAAUGAGGCUCUCUCUCUCAA